AUGGGGAAAGUGAAGGUGCCUUCGAGGAAUGCAAAGCGACAAGUGGAAGCGAGGCCGUUAUCCGGGAAGAAAGCGAGAUCGGCGACGUUUUCUCGGAGGAAAAAAGCUCAGAUCUCUCCGGCUGUUCUCCGGUCAAGUCUCAAGCGCCAGAAGCAGGGAAUCUCCGAUGAUUCCGUCGUCGUAUCCAGCUCCAGCUGUUUUCUCGACGUUUCCUGCGGUUCGAGCAGAGUUGAGAAGAGUCCGUACUCGAGGAAGAGACGAAUCAACGAAGUAAGAAUUUCUGGACCUGUCGUAGAUGCGAAGGAUGCGAUUGGCUCUCAGAAAUUUCGGAGGAUUACGCGAUCAUACUCUAAGCUGGAGAAGGAGAGGGAGAGAGAGGAGAUCGAAUUUAGCAAAUCGUCUUGCGUCGCGUCGGAUUCCGUUGAUGGCUCAAGUAGCAGAAAAUUAGCAAGUAACAACGAGAACGAUGAAGUCUCCUUGACGCGAUCCGACGUGACCUUCGCCGAUCAUUUCGCCGACAGCCGGAAUUUGAAUUUGGAGAUGGAGAGCGACGUCUUCUCGGCCGAUUCGAGAGUGGAGUGCUGUUCGAGCACGAAAUUCGGGAGCGUAACCGGAGGAUUCGUCAACGAAGGAGUCGAAAUCUCCAAACCAAUCAGCUUUCCCGAAGCUGAUUUCACCUUGGAAUCGGCUAAGGAGGAGAAACCGGAGCUCGAGAUCGCCGGAUGCGUCUCAAAUCUCGCUUGUACGGAGCAGUUCUCAAUCAAACACGUCUCCGACUAUUCAGACCUCGAUUCGUCGGAGUACACUCCGUCAAUCUUUUUCGAGUCAGGCAGUGAGUUUUCUGAGAAAUCAGAGUGUGAUUCUACUCCGUCGCUCACUCACAGUCUCUUCCUCGAGUUCAAAAUGCAGUUCCGGAAAUCGACAAUUCCGAACGAUCUGAAACCAUCUCUUGUGGAUUUUCGCCCUGAACUGCGUAGCUUUGAAGAUGAGGAGGUUGAAGAGAGCUAUCAGAGGCUGAGGGAAAGAGAGAGAAAUCAUGCAUAUCCUUAUAUACAGGGGAUGGAUCAGAGGAAUCUCAUUCCUCAUCUGCGCUUGAUCUCCGUUCAAUGGAUUGUCAAUGAAUGUAUAACAAUGGAGCUUCAGAACGAGACAUUGUUCCUAGGAGUUAGCCUCCUCGAUCGGUUCCUGAACAAAGGAUCAUUCAAAAGCCCAAGGAGUAUACUCGUCGUUGGAAUUGCUUGUCUCGCUCUAGCCACCAGAAUCGAGGAGAACCAAUACGUCAACACUGUUCAGAAAAGGAAAUUCUACAUCCAAGGCCAAAAGUUCAGCCGAAGUGAAGUAGUGGCAAUGGAAUGGCUGGUGCAAGAAGUCCUUCGUUUCAGAUGUUUCUCACCAACAAUCUACAACUUCUUAUGGUUCUAUCUCAAAGCUGCUGAAGCCAAUCCACGAGUUGAAAACAAAGCUAAAACUUUAGCAAUCAUGGCACUCUCGGACCAUUCUACACUUCGUUAUUCGCCUUCUACUCUAGCUGCAACACUCGUGAUUCUUGCUUGUCUACAAUACAACGAGCACGAAGCUCACAGACGUGUGAUUGAGGUUCAUGUGAGGACCAAAGAUAACAGCUUGGCUGAAUGUGUUCAGAGCCUGGAGUGGUUGCUUGGACAAUAA